AUGGCUAAUAUCAGUAUGGAAUAUAGUUUAAUACAUUUAAAACUUAUAUUAGGUUAUAUAUUGAUAGUCUGUCCCGAAUGUAGGCCAUUUUACUUGAUAUUUUCCGGAGAGGUUUGUAUAUUUCAAAUGCCAGGGUGCUCAAUAGUGGCUUUUACUAUUGAGUUAAUACACAAUAGUUGGGAUACCAUUCCCGUGGAGGGUUUCAAGUAUAGUAGCUCGUCUUUAGCUACGGACAACAUGGUUAGAUAUGGUGUACAACCUAUGUUUUUGGAGGUGUAUACAGAUAGAGCUUCAAUAUAUAUGAAUAAAGUGCUUAUGGUGUGGCAUGGAAGCUCCUCGUAUUUUUCUAAAUGUUAUCAAUAUUUAGUUCUCGAAAAAGUUAUACUAUUAUAUAAACAGAUGGACCGUAGUUACAUUAGUUAUGACAUCAACCCAGUACAUGUAUGUAAUCAGCAAAAAAUUACGAAAGUUAGAAAGGGUGAAUCUUCUGUUAAUUUACCUACCCACUAUAGCACUGCCACAAUAGGAGUGUUCUGGGGUCAUGGCCUGUAUGACCCUACAGAUCCUCCUACUCACAGAUGA